AUGAGAAUGAGUUGCUCUGAAACGGGAGCACAGCUGCUUGCUCGUCUUGGAAAUCGACCAAAUAUUUCAAAUGUGGAUCCAACGUUGUUUCCUUCAGGGCUAAAAGGGAAAGAUGUGCUGGAGAUUUAUGGAAGUGAAGGGUGUGGUAAAACAGAAAUGCUUCUUCAUAUAGCCUGCUCCUUAAUCCUUCCAAAGACAUGGAGAGGUUGGAACUUUGGUGGAUGUGGAGCAAGUGUGGUGUUUUUUGAUACAGACUAUAAGUUUUCAAUACUUCGUCUUGUUACUUUAUUGGAAAAAAAGAUAUUAGCUUUUCUUAACCAGAAUGAACAAGUGACUACUACUGAAAAUUUGUGUGCAAGCUUCACUCCAAACACAGGAGAUGUGGAAAUUCUCAUAAAAGAUUCUCUGAAACGUUUGAUUGUUCUUCAGUGUAAAAGCAGCAUGCAGCUUCUUGCUACUCUGCAUAGUCUUGAAACAAAAAUUAGUACUAAUCCUGAUAUUUGUGUGAUCAUGAUUGACAGCAUUUCAGCAUUUUAUUGGCUGGACAGAUGUGCUGGAGGUGAAAGUGUGACAGCUCAAGAACAUGUCAUGAACCUCAUUGUUGACAUUCUCACACACCUUGUCAAUGAUUAUAAUUUAGUUCUUUUUGCAACAAAGUCUGCAUAUUUCAAACGAAAACUGAAAGAAUCGGAGAAGGGAGAUGAAAGCGGCACAGCUGAUAUGGACCAUUUUGAAUUUCUCUCUCGUAAUUGGUCUCGAUUUGUUAAACACAGACUUGUGCUGAUGAGAGAUUUUAGUAAUGUAAUACAGUUUAGUGUGAAUUGUUCAUCCUGGCAGAAAAAGUUUACUAUUGCAGAAAAUGGAAUAUCAUUUAAAUAA